AUGGCACCUCGGUCUUACAGCAAGACCUAUAAGAUUGUUGGCGAAUAUGGCCUACGUAACAAGCGCGAAGUGUGGCGAGUCAUGCUUACCCUGUCCAAAAUUCGUCGUGCGGCUCGACAACUUCUUACCAUGGAGGAAAAGGAUCCAAAACGCCUUUUUGAGGGGAAUGCUUUGAUUCGUCGGCUGGUCCGUGUUGGUGUAUUGGAUGAAUCUCGCAUGAAGCUUGAUUAUGUGCUAGCCCUCAAGGUCGAAGAUUUCUUGGAACGAAGGCUUCAAACAUGUGUGUAUAAGCUAGGGCUUGCCAAAAGCAUUCACCACGCAAGAGUCUUGAUCAGGCAACGACAUAUACGGGUUGGGAAGCAGAUUGUUAAUGUGCCGUCUUUCGUUGUGCGUCUCGACUCACAGAAACACAUCGAUUUUGCCCUUACCUCACCAUUCGGAGGAGGCCGUCCCGGAAGAGUGAGGAGAAAGAAGGCUAAGGCUGCGGAGAAGAAGGAGGGUGCGGACGGUGGUGAUGAGGAAGAGGAGUAG